GUCUGUUGAAGCAGCGAUGGGGUUACGGGCGAGCAUCGUUGUCUGUGUGACCAGUUUUCUUCUCGGCCAGCUCUUCACCCACUGGAUCGCCGACGCCCUCACCCUCUGGAAAUCCCCAGUCACUGACAAAAAUCUAUGGAUCGCUGCAUCCUACUACUCUAUUCUCACAAAGGCGCCAGCUGAGAUGUACUACGCCAUGGCUCUUACAGUUCUCGCUGGCGCCGUCACCAUCCUACUCAGCCUCAGAGACGGCGAGGCCGGAAAUCUUAUGUUCGACGGCGGGAGCAUAUUUUUGUUUGGCACUACAGUGGCCAUGUACUUGUACUCUGUAAUACCAGUCGUAUAUUCCAGCUUCACCUCCCUACCUCCCCAUGAACUCACAGAUGCCUUCCCUGCCUUCCUUCGCAGCGCCACCCUCGACCUGGCGUCAAGCAACCUCAUCUGCAGUGUCGCCCUCACCGGCGUCCUUGCCCUCCAAGCAGGCAGGUUCUGGGCAGAAACAUACGAUGUCGAUACAGAGGUUGCCGCAGAAAGCGACACCGAAGGCACCCGCUCGCGCGCCAAAACCCCCGUUCCACUUCCUAACUAACGAACCAUCAUCUCUUUAAAAAAUUUUAUGGCAUGACUUUGGAUGUAUUGUUGGAGUGCUCUUAUCACUAUAAUAAAGGGUGGAUAUCUGCUGUAGUUUGUUGCUCCCACUAGUAGUAGAGCUAUCAACCAACGUCCAAAUCACGAGAGUUUGGGCUUCAGGGUCGAACAUCUGGUCGUCCUUUAUCUUCUAUUCUUCCCUCUGCUCACAUCCAGGCUUAAGCAUUAUACGUUACUACGGCAGUAUUACUUGAAUACAUAAGUAUAACCUGUCUAAAUUCCAACAUCUAAG